CCGAAAGUAAAACGUGUACGGAGUUUCCUACGAAUGUAUGUUCUUACAGGUCAUCAUGGCUAACUUGGUGGUAGCCUACAUCCUCUGGCUCUUCGGUGGAGUGUUUGGUCUGCAUCACUUUUAUCUAAAACGUGAUCGCCAUGCGUUUGUUUGGUGGGCGACACUGGGUGGAAUAUGUGGUCUAGGCUGGAUUAGGGAUGUGUGGAGGCUUCCCGAGUAUGUCCAGGAGUGCAACAGAGAUGCUGUAUGGAAGAAGCAGUAUGGCAGACGACGGCGUGAGCACAACACACCUCCAUGGAACAUAAUCCGAGGUGCCGGCGAGAUCGUCAUGGGAACUAUCUGCUACGGUCUUGUAGCUGCAAUACUUCCGGAGAUACACACAUACUUUGAGAGGGACACUCAGUUCUUGGUUGUCGCUCUGCCGCAGGUCGGGGCUGCAAUAGGUAUUCAUCUUGUCGCCAACAUCGGAUGUCAGAAAGCAUCUCUAGGUUGGAUUAUUAUGGGAUCCUGUAUACCCUCACCAGUCAUUUCCAGCAUCCCUUCUGUGUUUCUGGUCACCAUCCUUGUGCAGUGGAAGGGCGUUUCAUGGAGAACUAAACCUGAUCCAAAACGAGGCUUCUCUCGGCGAAUCAAAACGUUGACAUUCUACGGCACGCUAUAUUUAGUACUGUGGGGAUAUGUGGUAUAUAAAGAUGUUCCCAUCUCAAAGAUAAAUGGUGAGAAAAUUUCUCCAAGGGUGAUCAUCCUCAAAUUCCUCACAUUGACCAGGGACUUCGUGAAGUCGGUCUUCAACUAUUUCCGAACCUUUGGUUGGAAAAGACAAUGGAGGAAGAUGAAGAGGAAGUAUAACAGGGUGAUAAAUGUCUUCAAGGACUUAGGGAAGUGGCUAUACAACGUUGUCCGGGCUGCUGAUUGGACAAGUAAAUGGAAAGACAUUGUCAAGAUGUUUGUCUUUGUACUAAAUUUAUUUAAGGACUUUGUGAAGGGGAUUUUCAACCUUUUCGAGGAUCAUGGUUCCAAGAGGGAACGGUCAAAGACAUUUUGGCGUGGAGCACAACACCCAUUCAAGGUUUUAGGUUUGGAUCCGGGCGCCACACAGAAGGAGAUAACCCAUGCCUACAGGAAGAUGUCGCGUCAGUGGCACCCAGACAAACAGAAAGAUCCCCAGAAGAAGGAAGAGGCCCAUGAAAUGUUUAUAGAGAUCCAGAAUGCUUAUGAGAAAUUAUCACACGCGAGGGCCAAGAGAACUGCCAAAAAUAAGCGAUAUAAUUAGUCAUCAUAUACAGCUUUAAAUACGUAGGUAUUUGGGAUUUGUCAUCUAUAAUAGGGGUUGGGGCUAGGCAGGCGAGAUUGGUUAGGACUGUAUACCAUAUU